ACUGACUUGAAAACAAAAGGAAGCCUCCUCUGGGUCUUGGAUCAUACUAAAACUUCCUUUGGACGUCGGAGAUUGAAGAAAUGGGUAACCCAGCCCCUCAUGAAAGCCAGUGAAAUAAAUGCCCGUCUUGAUGCUGUGUCUGAAAUUCUACAGUCAGAAUCCAGUGUGUUUGGUCAAAUUCGAAAUCUUCUUUGUAAGCUGCCAGAUAUAGAGAGAGGCCUCUGCAGUGUUUUUCACAAAAAGUGCUCAACCCAAGAGUUUUUCUUGAUAGUCAGCACCCUGUCUCGUCUGGACUUGGAAAUUCAAGCACUUGUUCCAGUCAUACAUUCUCAUGUGGAAACUCCUCUAUUGCAAAAUGCACUGUUGGAAAUCCCAGAACUUCUCACCCCAGUAAAACAUUAUUUAAAGAUCCUUAAUGAAGAAGCAGCCAAGACUGGAGAUAAAACACAAUUGUUCAAGGACCUCACAGACUUCCCUGUCAUCAGGAAGAGAAAGGAGGAGAUCCAGGAUGUGCUUUCUAAAAUCCAAUUGCAUCUGCCGGUCAUUCGUAAACAGAUUAAGAAUCCUUCUGCAGAGUAUGUUACAGUUUCUGGUCAAGAGUUUAUGGUAGAAGUCAAGAAUUCCCAUAAAGCAUCUGUGCCAUCUGACUGGGUUAUGGUUAGUAGCACAAAAGCUGUCAGCCGUUUCCACUCUCCUUUUAUUAUAGAAAAUUACAGACAUCUGAAUCAGCUCCGGGAGCAGCUAGUCCUUGACUGCAGUGCUGAAUGGCUAAAUUUUUUAGAUCAUUUUAGUGAACAUUAUCACCCUGUGUCUAAAGCAAUUGGUCACCUAGCAACUGUGGACUGUCUGUUCUCAUUGGCCCAGGUGGCCAAACAAGGAGACUACUGCAGACCAACUGUGCAAGAUAAUCGCCGAGAAAUAAUUAUAAAAAAUGGGAGACACCCUGUGAUAGAUGUACUACUGGGAGAACAGGAUCAGUAUGUUCCAAAUACCACUAACCUUUCA